UGUGAUUGUUGAUAGGAGUGGAAAGACCAGUUUCACUUUGGGAAAAGUAAUGGAGAUGGGAGGUGUUGGCAUUCAAGACUAGCCACGUUGAGGCAGUGUGAAUCGACCACACCUUUGACCUUUGAUGGAGACAGGUGAUAAGGAGGAGACAAAAAUAGUUUGAAAUAGUUGUGAGGGCAUCGCAAACCCACACGCUGUAGCACUUUACACACUAAGGGACACACUACAAGCCCAAAACAGAACUCACCCUGUGCAGGUGAUAAGGGUGAGGAGGAAAAGGUGCAGGAGAGGGCAGGGCUAACCUGGGAGAGUUACAAAGCAGACACAAGGAAAGAGACGCAACAGAAGAGGGAGACUGACAGAUAGAGAAGUUGGGAAAGUGGGAGAUGCCAAUUGUUACAUGCUGGGGUUACAAUACAAUGGAGGGUGAUAGACGAUCGUUAAUAUCAAAAGUGUGAUUCUACUAGUGCUUCUCGUGAGGAGGGGCACUACAGAAGCUUUGGAUGCUGAGGACAUAAUACCAUUACACCAUCAUUGAGACUCAGCCUUACACAGGGAGCAUGCCACGAUGUCAUCCUACUCUGACGCCGAUAACCAGUGUCAACCGGGGAACACCAUCUGCGAGAUCACAGUGUAUGAACAGGAAGUGAUCAUCGUGCCCGUCCUGCUCCUUGCAAGCUUCUUGGUCUCUCUGCUAAUCGUUCUCCUGCUGAGGUACUGCCCUGGAAAGGAAAACCGCAGACGACCCACAGUAACCCUAGCCCGACCACACAGCACCAGCAGGUCGAGCAGACACACACAGAGGAAAAGUGCCAGAUGGAACCUACAGGGCAUUGAGGCUCCUCCUGAGCUGAACCCUCUGGAGCAUGAGGAGUUACCUAUGAGCACUCCGACCCGGCGUGACACCCCAGCCACGUUGUCUGCCGUACCGGAGAUGCCCAAAGAGAGACUGCAUGGCUCUUUCAACCUGGUCACUCCGCUGCCACUCUCCUUCUCUGUCAAACCGGACGACUCUGUCACCCUCUACAGGGCAAGGAUGGACAACAGAGACGUGGUUCUACGGACACUUAAAGAAACAGCCGAUGACAGUGAGCGCCAGUCCUUCCUGGGCUUUGCCUCCUUCCUGUCUGAGCUGGGGCCCCACCCCUUUCUGCCUGGUCUGAUGGGCGUGGUCUCCCUACGUACCCCCCUCAUAACCGUGAUGGAGGAACUGGUGCACAGGGACCUGCUGGGGUUCCUAUGGAGGUGUCGACAGGACACAGGUGUGGAGUCCCCAUGCGAUAUCACAGAGCAGCGCAUCUUCACCAUGGGAGGACAAGUGGCUUCUGCUCUGGAAUACCUGCACGGUCAGAGCUGUAUCCAUGGCAAUGUUGGAGCUCGGAGCGUGCUGGUUGGUCGAGACCUAACGGCUAAACUGUGGGGAUUGGGUCCAGCAUACUGCAAGAAAACACAAGCAGGAACUCCAGGAGAGCUGCAGAACAUUGAGAUGAGGAAGUGGCAGGCUCCAGAAGUAUUGGCAAGGAGACCUGUCAGCCAAAGCAGUGACAUCUGGUCUUUUGGUAUUCUGCUCCAUGAAAUAGUGACACUAGGUGACCCGCCAUUCCCUAAUGUAAUGGCCGGUGAUCUUCUUCAAUACCUCCAGAGAGGAAAGUCUCAGAAGAGACCAGCUAAUUGUUCUAACUCACUGUAUUCCAUAAUCAAGUCCUGCGGCCAGUUCGCUCCACACGAGCGCCCUGCAUUGGCUGAGGUGAUCCAGAAGCUCCAAUCAGGAGAGAAGAGUGCCAACAAUAGGACAGUUCUUCAAGUGCCUGAGCCACUGGACAUUGAGAAGUACCUGCGGGAGGCGGGAUUUGGAGAGGCCUACAAUUACGUUGUUCUCUGAUUGGCUCCUGCGAUGGUCGUUUAAAUUAAGGUCUACAUUACGUUCAGUGUUGCUUUUCUCACAUUAUCAUGAAGACUGCUGGGAGAGCGUUUUGAAUGUCAAAACAACACAACUUGUUUAUCUUUAGGUCCCUUACUAUGCUCAAUACAACAUAAGUGACUGAUGAAACACUCAGGUAUUAACACAUACAGAAUUCGGAAUGUAUUCAGAGCCCCUUGACUUUUUCCACAUUUUGUUACAUUACAGCCUUAUUCUAAAAUGGAUUACGUUGUUUUAAAUCCUCAGCAAUCUACACACAAUACCCCAUAAUGACAAAGAGAAAACAGAUUUUUAAUCAUUUUUGCAAAAAACAGAAAUACAUUAUUUACAUAAGUAUUCAGACCCUU